ACAGCCGGCUGUCAUGCUGUCUCCCGCCUCGGGGCUGCACCAAAUGCAGCAGCUGCUGCAGCAGCAGAUCCUCAGCCCGGCACAGCUGCAGUCCUUCAUGACGCAGCACUCCCUCUUCCUGCAACAACAGCAGCAGCCACCUCAACCGCCUGUGCCGCCACCUCCACCGCCACCCCACCAUCACCAGCCGGAAAGUACAGGUGACCAUGCAAGCAGUGAUCGAUUCAACUACCUCACACUGAAGUCUGUGCAACAACAGCAGCUGGCUGAACUUGGAAUGAAGCAAUUACAGCAAGCAAUGCAGCAGUUACAAGAACAGCUGCAACUGAAUGUCAUACAGCAGACACACCUACUGCAGUCAGGGGACAAAAAGAAAGCUUCAGGCCCUUUGCAACAGUUAGCACUGCAACAACAGCAACUCAUGCAGCAGUUACAAAUCACACAACGACAGUAUUUACUGCAGCAGGGUAUUGGCAUUCAACCAAUGGUGCUUGCUCAAGCUCAGGCACAAAGUGCAGCAGUGACAUCAGAUGUACCAAAUCCUUGGAAAGAACCACCUUCUGAAAACCAUGACACGCAUCACAAUGUUUCAGCACAUAAAAAUGUCCCAGGAAUCAAUGGACUUCUGGGAACUAUAGGGUUGGGCCGCAGGGAUAGCAUGAAUGGAGUUGCUGGUGUUGGAGAGGAGAAGCUUCUUGAAAGUUGUGGGGACAAAAUGCAUCCACUUUAUGGUCAUGGGGUCUGCAAGUGGCCUGGCUGUGAAGUUAUAUGUGAUGAUUUCCAGUCCUUUCUCAAGCAUCUAAACACAGAACACACGCUAGAUGACAGAUCUACAGCACAGGCAAGAGUGCAGAUGCAAGUUGUAUCUCAGCUCGAGCUUCAGCUGCAGAAGGAGAGGGACAGGCUGCAAGCCAUGAUGCAUCACCUUCAUAUGACCAAGCAACAAGCAUCUCCCGAACCAUUAAAAACAGAGGCAAGUACGGGGCCAAAUCUAUCAAAACUUAACCUUUCCUCUGUUCUCCUUAACCAACCCCCACACUCAAUGCCAUCUUCAGUCAGUCAGCCUGUUUCUAUGUCAUCUCUGGUGUCUGCAGUCCGAUCUCCAAUUCUCCAGCCUCCUACUCCAAACAUUAGUGGACCAAUCAGAAGGCGAAUAAGUGAUAAAUCUGCUCUGUCACUUGCUGGAGGGCUACCAUAUAUGCUGGAACGUGCAGGACUUGAUGUUCAACAAGAAAUUCAGAGAAACAGAGAAUUUUACAAGAAUGCUGAUGUGCGACCUCCAUUUACAUAUGCAUCGUUAAUACGACAGUCCAUCAUUGAGUCACCAGACAAACAACUUACGUUAAAUGAGAUCUACAAUUGGUUUCAGAAUACUUUCUGCUACUUUCGUCGUAAUGCAGCAACGUGGAAGAAUGCAGUGCGACACAACCUGUCUCUCCACAAAUGUUUCAUGAGGGUGGAGAACGUGAAGGGAGCCGUAUGGACUGUGGAUGAAGUGGAAUUUUACAAACGCCGGUCACAGCGAUGCACUACAGGGGGUGUGCAGUCAAAAAGUCCCACCCUGAUACACAGCCCAACAUUAUAUGGAGAUGCGCUGAAUACGAGUCUUCAAAAUGUCCAAUGCGAGAAUUACUCGGAGGCUGCCCUGGGAGAAAGCAAUAUGGGAUUCGUCAACAACUCGAUGAGUACGUCAACAGCAACUAGUCCAGAAAAGGUCCCAUCACCAGCAACAGAACACAGAUCUUCGGUGGAUGGAUCACUCAUGCAUAUCAAGCAAGAGGCCUUGCAGACACCAUCUAUGAAUCCUGACAAUGAUGGUCUUGUCCAUUUAAUCAAGAGGGAGAUAAUGGAGCAUGGAAUAGAUGCAGAAGAGGUGGAGGAAGUUGGCGAGGAGCGAGAUUUUGUACCUGGAGCUACAGUGGGGAUGCAGCUGGAUCAUGGACAUGAAUCUGAAGAGCCAGACGAGAUGGCUGAAGACUUAUCUAUGGUUCCAGAUGUGUCUGAAGAAAAUCUGGAAGCAUAGUUGAGAAAAUCGCAUCCUGAUUUUAAUCAUAUCCACUUUUUAAUGUGAAUGAUACUGUUAACAAAAAAGUAAAUGUAUCGUGUAUGGCCACAAAUGUGGUGCAAUGAAUUUGAAAGACAGUGCAGGAGUUAAUUCAUAUCUGUGCGGAAAAAACGAUUAUUUCAAAAACACUCGUGUUGUAUAUUAAAACAAAAUGUCCGUAUCAAAAUGAAAAAAAAAAAAAAAACAAACUAUAGAUUAUUUCCU